ACACAUACACAAACCUAACAUAACUACACUUCACAAAAAUACACAAAAACAAGCAGCCUCAGCAUCAUCCAAGUAUCAUUCACAAUCUCCAGUAUCAUCAUCCUUGCAUGUUCCAUCACCAUCAUUCUCAUCACAACACUCAAAUAAACACAUGCCUCCUCCAUCAGCACCAUUACAACAUAGAUCCAUUGUAUCACAUUCACCUUCAGUAACCACUCAAUUAUCCGCACAAGACAUUACACCAGUACAACGCAAACAAACAUUAUCACGCUCGUCUUCAUCAGCAUCUAUACAAUCAUUCACGCAAAAAGUCCAGCCAUCAUUCAAACCACCAUCACAACAAACAAACAGUAAACAAACAUUGUCACGCUCGUCUUCAUCAGCAUCUAUACAAUCAUUCACGCAAAACAUCCAAUCAUCAUUCAAACCACUAUCACAACAAAUAAACAGGAAACAAACACAAUCAGGAUCAUUUGUUCAUGAUGUACGCAGCCAUCGCCUGUCCACACAUAGAGAAGAAUUGAUAAAAGAAAAGGAAAUAAUGCAGUCUCUAAAAAUCAUUAUGGAUCAACUACGUUGA